AACCGGAAGCCGUUCCCCUGGAAGUCCCGGAUGAGGAAGGCAGCGGCCCCGGGCGAAGCGGGGCCCGAAGAACAGCGGCGGCGACAGCAGCAGGAGUAGCAGCAGCUCCGGGCGGGAGACAUGGACGAGGAAGAGGCGGGGGACGGAUCGGUGAGGGUCACGGACCUGCCCCCGUUUCCGGUCUCUGAGCCCCCGACUUCCGGUGUCUCAUAAAUAAAGGACACCCUCCUCUUGCUCCCCCUCUUUAUUUUAUUUCUCUUCAAUCGCAAAAAGAAUAUUUGGGCUGGGGGUGGGGAAUGUUCUGGUGACCUUUGACCCCGCCCCCUCAGCCCCUCGUCUUUGGCCAGUGCGCAUGCGCGGUGGGGCGUCCCCCUCUGCACCUGUUGGGCUCCUGCCUGUCGCUUUUUAAGCCGACGGCGCCCCUUUGGGCUGCCAAGAGGGAAAGCAGGGCAGAAACGCAGCUGGACGAGCCAUCACGGGGAAGGCGGGCUGAAUAGUAGUAGUAGUAGUAGCAAUAAUAAUAAUAAUAAUAAUACUGUAUUUUACAUUAUUUGCACCCUGCCCAUCCGGCUGAGUCGCCCCAGGCCCUCAGGGAAGCUUCCAGCAUAUACAGAAACAUAAUGAACCAUCAGACAUUGCAGACUUCCCUCUCCUGGGCUGCGUUCUGGUGCCUCUAAUCUGCCCCUUGAAAGCAGCCUUUUUUCUGGCCCAUGUAGGACCAGUCUGGAUAGUUAGCCUUGGUGAAGACCUGAUGUUUUCAUCCCUAAAAAAGUUUUUGAUUUGAGUUUCCAUUGAAAUGAGGCUGCAUUUUAAUGUUUUAAUGUUGUAUUUUAAUCUUGUUUUUUAAGUUGUAUUUCAAUCAAUUUGUUUUUAUAUUGGUUGUUAGCUACCCUGAGCCUGGUCUUGGCUGGGGAGGGGUAUAAAUAAAAUUUAUUAUUAUUAUUAUUAUCAUGGGCACCUGGUUGGCCACUGUGAGAACUUGAUGGGUUCUUUUUGUUAGUUUCUGUUUGCCACUGUUCAAUGCUCUUGGAGUCACAGGACUCUGUUUACAUUCCAGAGAUUCCAGGCUGUUGGAAGUCUCACGGAAGACAGGAGACGGAGUGAUGUUACUGUUUUCCUGUUCCUUUGUGUUUCAGUUGCUCUCUGCUCUCACAGAGAGAGGAUGUAUUUCUUUUUGUCUGUGUAGCUUAGCAUAGCAUGUAGCCAUAAAUCUCAUCACUUCUGCUGCUUUGAUUCUCUGUGUAAUGGGGGAUGUGCCUGGAGCCUUAUCAGAGGCUCAGGUCGUUAAUUAUCGUCGGAGGCGAUUCCGAAGGACUCGACCGGAGGAGGGGUCACUCGGUCGAACGCAGAUUCCAACAUUUUUCUUGCGUCCUUAACUUUCCUUCCUUUGCCCUUUAGGGUCCGAGCGAGGAGGCCUUGCAGCUGAACCUGGGGGAGCUGGACCUGACCUCAGAUGAGUUCAUCCUGGAUGAAGUGGACAGUAAGUUCUCUUCCUUCCCUCUCCUUCAGAGCUACUUGGGGUCAUCUAGUCCCUGCAAGGCAGGCACCACAGGUAGGAGACUGACCUUUGUUCAAGGGAGGGCCAGGAAACUGUUCCACCUCCUCCUGGAGAGGAAGCAGGGUUCAAAAUCAGCGUUUUGUGACUGGCGUGGGUCCAAUCGCGAUCUCUGGGUUCCCGGUUGGCGACUGACAUCUCCACCUGCCUGAGCCCUUCCUUAAGCAGGUCAGCAGAUUUGGAUCAAAUCUAUGCUUCCAGGUGCCAUAAGAAAGCUGCAGAGAUAGCGCAGGAUAGUGUGCACCCCGGAAAUGAUCUCUUUCAGCUUCUGCCUUCUGGAAGAAGGUCCAGGGUUAUAAAGAGCAGGACUAGCCGCCUGAGAAACAGUUUCUACCCAAAUGCGAUUUUGGUUUUAAACACAUUGUAAGGACUUUCUAUGGGAGUAUAUUGUAUUUAAAAAUGGGGUAUCAGAGUUUUUAGGGGGCUAACCAGGCUGGGAUAGCAGGCUUGUUGGUUUUUGAAUGUCUUAUGUAGAUUUUUCAGUUUUGUUGUUCUGUAUGGGACAAUGUCAAUAAAGAGUAUCGUAUCGAAGAAGAGCUGAUUUACUGCGUUUCGGAUCCACCUUUUUCUCCAAGGAGUACAUGGUGGCACUGUGCUCUAAACUACUUAUCCCCUUGGGCUUGCUGAUCAGAAGGUUGGCAGUUCGAAUCCCCGUGACAGGGUGAGCUUCCGUUGCUCGGUCCCUGCUCCUGCUCACCUAGCAGUUGGAAACCACACCAGUGCAAGUACAUAAAUAGGUACCGCUGUGGCGGGAAGGUAAACGGUGUUUCCAUGCACUCUGGUUUCCGUCAUGGUGUCCCGUUGCGCCAGAAGUGGUUUAGUCAUUCUGGCCACGUGACCUGGACAAACGCCGUCUCCCUAGCCUGAAAGCGAGAUGAGCGCCACAACCCCAUAGUCUCCUUUGACUUAACCGUCCAGGGCUCCUUUACCUUCUUUGCCUUACAUGGUUCACUCCCCUCCUCCUGUGAGGUAGGUGAAGAGACUGCACGACUGGCUCCCAGCUCACCCUGUGAGCUUCAUCAUGUCUGAGCGGGGAUUUGAACCCUGAUUUCCCAGAUCCUAAACUGACACUCUAACCCGUGGGUAGACAAACUAAGGCCUGGGGGCUGGAUCAGGCACAAUCACCUUCUAUCAGCAUGUUUUUACAUGAGUAGAAUGUGUCCUUUUAUUUAAAAUGCACCCCUGGGUUAUUUGUGGGGCAUAGGAAUUCGUUCAUUUCCCCCACCCUCCAAAAUAUAGUCCGCCCCCCCCACAAGGUCUGAGGGACAGUGUACCAGCCCCCUGCUGAAAAACUUCACUGACCCCUGCUCUAACCACUACACCCCACUGGCUUCCUAGAGUCCUUCCGCUGUGGGAAUUAAGCAAGUUGAUAAAUACGGGGAAAGGCAAAUGUCUCUUUGAGAAGGAUCUGAAAUAUUUCCCUCAGAGCUUGACUUUUUUUCUGGGUGGUUUCAUUUGAUGUUUUAACGGGUUGUAAACAGCGUUGAGAUUUUCCCCCUUUAAAAUAUAAAGCAGCAUUUUGGGGGCAGCAGGGGGUUUUUUUGGGGGGGGGGCUACCUGCCUUGAAAACAAGGGGUGUGUUUUCCUCCUGCUCAUACCCUGCUCUGAGUCAUGACCAGUGGGAAAACCUUCCGUCUUGGCACGAUUGCUCUGUCACGCCCCCAUCAAUUUUUGGGGGGGAGAGGCAGAGCAGCUGUGUCCCGUCCCCCCCCGUCCUGACCUUGUUCUUUCUCUCCCCCCCCCCCAGUUCACAUCCAGGCCAACUUGGAAGAUGCUCUGGUGCAGGAGGCGCUGAAGACGGUGAGAGGGGGGAGGUCUGCCAGGGCUGGGAGGGGGGGAAGGGACAGUGCCCCCCCAGGUGGUGACCCCUCCCCAUUCUGUCCCGCAGGGGGUGGACCUGAGGCACUACUCCAAGCAGGUGGAGCUGGAGCUGCAGCACAUCGAGAACGCCUCCAUCAAGGACUGUAUCCUCAGAAGCGAAAGGGUUGAACGGGGCACCCAGAGGUCCUCUAGCUGAACCCGUGCAAAGUGGAAAAGGCUCACCAGAGCCCAGGAACAGAGCUGGCUUGGCCUGGCUUUCUGCACGGGGGGUGGGGUCUGUGCAGUUUUGGGCAUGUACCCAAAUGUUUGGGGGGUGGGCUUUCGUCGGCUGUCUCCUCCCAGCAGGCAUUUCUCCUUAGUGGCCUCAUCCAGACAUCAAGGAGAGCAAGAACAUUGCGUCGCUCCACACGCAGAUCACGGCCUGCGACGCCGUCCUGGAGGUGAGGAGGGUCCCCACCUGUAAUAAUAAUAAUAAUAAUAAUAAUAAUAAUAAUAAAUGUUUAUUUAUACCCCACCCUUCCUGGUUCAGAAAACUGGGCUCAGGGCGGCUAACAACAAAUUUAAAACACUUAAUUGAUGCUACAGAAAACAGCAGAAAAUACGGUAUGAAACGUGAAGAACAAUAAAUUCAGAAUUCAAAAAUCAAUUUAGGGGGGAAAUCCAUCCAAUGAACAUUAGAUGAUCACCAGGGCUAGCUGGCUAAAUUAGUCCUAUUUGGGCCAGCGAGGAGACCAGGGGAGAAUGAGCUGUGGGAUCCCAGAGCGGGUAAUCUUCAUAAAAAGGGGAAGGGGAGGGAAGGAAGGGGAAUAAAAGAUCAGGCUAAGUUCAAAUGGAAAGCCAGGCGGACUAGCUCUGUCUUACAGGCCCUGCAGAAGGAGGUUAAAUCCUGAAGGGCCCUGGUCUCCUGGGACAGAGCAUUCCACCAGGUCGGAGCCAUCACUGAGAAGGCCCUGGCCCUGGUGGAGGAUAGUCUGACUUCCUUAGGGCCCGGGACCUCUAAAUUACGAUUAUUCAUGGACCUUAAGGUCCUCUGCGGGGCAGACCAGGAGAGGCGGUCCCGUAAAUACGAGGGCCCUAAGCCACAAAGGGCUUUAAAGGUCAAAACCAGCACCUUAAAGGCACCUUAACUGUUUUUAAUCUCAUCCUGCCUGCCUUGGGAAGGGGAGAGGGAGAGUCACAAAGCGCCAGUGUGGGGUGUUGUGCUCUGCUCUCCCUCUUCACGAUGCCCCGAUCUCUGCGUGGGAACAAGACCCCACCCUGUUCUCACCAAAUCACUGUGAGGCUCCUCCCUCCCAGAAUCAUAGGACUGUUGUUGGAAGGGACCCCCGGGGGUCAUCUAGCCCAACCCCCUUUAAAGAAUUUCCGAUAGGUGGCCAUCCUUUACAGUCAUACCUCUUUUUACGUUCGGCUCAGGUUACGUCUUUUCAGGUUGCGUUCCGUGGUGAACUGGAAGUACCUGAAAGGGUUACUUCUGGGUUUCGCCACUUGUGCAUGUGCAGACACUCAAAAUGGCGUCAUGUGCAGAAGCGGUGAAUCGCGGGACGCACAGACGAGGGUUGUGUUCUGCUCGUGUUGCGAAUGGGGCUCCGGGACGGAUCCCGUUCGCAACCAGAGGUACCACUGUAUUAUGUGUUAUUAAGGUGUUUGUGUUUCUUGUAUUGUGAUCCACCCUGAGGUCUGAGGGUGUAGGGUGAUAUGCAAAAUUGAUUGAUGGGUUAAUAAUAUCGUCGUCAUCGUCCAACCACUGCUUCAAAACCUCCAAGGAAGGAGAGUCUACCGCCUUCCAUCCCACGGUCAAACAGAUCUGGCUGUCAGAAAGUUCUUCCUGUUGCUUAGCUGGAAUCUCUUUCGAAGUCCUGCCCUCCGAACAGCCCUUGAUAUAUUGAAGAUGGCUCUCUGGUGAGGCCCCCAACGGGGAAGUUCAGGGGCAGGCAGCCAUCUCCCACUGUCUUUGUCCUCCACUGCCCACCUGCAGCUCCUCAUCAUUCCCAGAGGUAGACUUCUCUUGAGCGAGGAGGUUCUGCUUUAGGCAUCCUGGCUGAGGGACAUUCCCAGGGAGAGUGUCUGUCUCCUUACGUAGGUCUUGCCAGCGGGCAAGUGGACUCUUUGCUUCCUUCAGCCAUUUCUCCCUGAGCACAAGCCCGCCUCUCCUUCCUCCCCGCAUGUCGCAGCGCAUGGAGGCCAUGCUGAGCUCCUUCCAGUCCGACCUGAGCAGCAUCAGCUGUGAGAUCCAGACCCUGCAGGAGCAGUCGGUGGCCAUGAACGUCCGGCUGCGCAACCGCCAGGCCGUCCGGGGCCGCCUCUCCCAGCUGGUGGACGAGCUGGUGGUUCCCAACAUCAUGAUCAGGUCAGUGGCGCAGGUGGAGGGCGGGAGAAGCGCCAGGCGAAACAAAGACUGAAAAGUGCAUAAGUUCAGAUCCAAGCAGUAUUCGCUGCUAGUCAGUCUUUCAGGGGGCAGCAACGAUGCACUCUGGAACUCCCUGCCACUUCAGUUUCAAUCUCUUUUUUUAAUCUCAUUUUCAAUUUUUUGGGGAGGAGUGGGUGGGAGACGGGAAGUCCUAAGGGUGAAGGUAUGACACACACACCCCUGCGUUGUCUUCCCAGCACCAUCCUGGAGUCGCCCGUGACGGACCAGGCCUUUCUGGAACAGCUUCAUGAGCUGAACAACAAGAUCAAUGCUGUCAAGGAGCAGGCUUUCCGUGAGACCAUGGCCUGUACGGACGUGACCGACAUCCUGGACAAGCUGAAAGCCAAGGUGAGGGGUGAGGGGACCCCACCCCAGCUGAGCUCCCCCCCAUGACCCCCCAUUCAGGGUUGGCACCUUGGUGAGUUGUCUCGUCAAACGCAGCCCCUGGCAGGUAUCUUCUAUCCAUUGCUUGAAGGAUGGAUUUUUUGUUCUUCCGGUUCAUCAACACCAGUCUUUUUGUUCCGUCAAAAGGACAUGGAAAGUCCAUCCAUGCCGUCCACAGUAUUCCUGUUGUGUUUUAAGAUUUUUCUGAUAUUGUAAGUAAGCCAGAACUGGUCUGUGACCGUAAUAAUAAAAAUUUAAUUCAAUCAUCCAUGCCAUCCCUUAGCUAGACGGGGAUAUAAUUCAAAAGGUUUUUUUCCUCUGCAAACAUAACAUUUUUCCUGUCCAGUUAAUAAUUUCUGUCACCCUGUCCCAAAAAUUUACCAACGUGGGACAUUGAACAAACGUCUCUUUUUUAAGAAGCGAUGUCACAAGGGGAGCAGUUUCUUUUGUCCUUCCCAGAGUCUCCGUUUGGUUGUCAUAGAGGCCAAGUUCCUGUUUUUAUGUGCAUCCUAUGCCCACCUGUCUCCCUCCGGCUAAAACCUCUGUUGUUAUUACCAUAUUUUUCGCUCCGUAAGACGCACCUAGAUUUUAGAGGAGGAAAGCCCUGUUUUGUGGGGGGGGUGGUCAGCUCACAGUUGUGCAGCUUCUUUUGCAGAGGGGAAAAGCCUCCUUUUUUGGAGGAUCAGCUCAAAGUUGUUGAGUUUACUUUGCAAAGGGGGAAAAAUCCUGUUUUUAUGGAUUCAGCUCACCGUUCUGCAGCUUCUUUAGGAAAGGAAAGGGAGCCGUUUCUACAGUUUCCUGACAGAUAAUCUAAUCAGCCAGUCACAUGUCGCUGGGGAAACAAAGGGCUUCCCUUUGCCGAACAUUCAGCAAUGGGAGCCUGGGCAAGGGAGCCAGCGAGCUCCAUAAGACGCACAGACAUUUCCCCUUACUUUUUAGGAGGAAAAAAGUGUGUCCUAUGGUGCGAAAAAUAUAGUAGUUAUUAAAUUUCUACCGUGCCCUUCAUGAUUGACCUCAUAUGGGGAGAAGCUGUCCUCGCAGUCCUGAGCUUUUUAAGGCUUUAUGGGUAAAAACCCACCCUAUGAAUCGGACCCAGAAACUACUUGGCAGCCAGUGCAGAAUUUUUUUUAAUGGGGAGCUGCUCCCUCCUCGCUCUGCGUUGCCCUGGAAGAAAGGCUGAGUCUGGGGGCUCUUCAGGACACAAGCCCCCCCCGCCCUCAGUCCUCUUCCCUGACCUGCCCCCCUCUCUCCCCCUCCUGCCAGGCGGUGGCCAAGAUCCGGGAAUUCAUCCUACAAAAGAUCUACUCCUUCCGCAAGCCCAUGACCAACUACCAGAUCCCCCAGAAUGCCCUGCUCAAGUACAGGUAGGGAAAUGCGGCGCCCCUUCAGGAGUCUCCCAGCAUUCCCUGCUGCUGGCUGGGCCAAUAGGAGAGCAGCCUCCCACAAUCCCCUGCUUACUUUCGUUUUCUGGCCACCCGCUGGGGACUGCAACUCCCAGCAGCCCUUGCUCAGCCUGAUCAGAAACAUCAGGCGCCUGUGUGUGUUCGUGUUCCCUGCGUUAUGACCACUUGCUAUAUUUUCUUAUUUAUUCCAGUUGCGUAGCGCCCUUUCUCCCAAGAUCCCAGGGCAGUGUGCAACUUUCAGAGCAUCACUUUUAGAAAACAUCUGAAGGCAGCCCUGUAUAGGGAAAUUUUUUAAUGUCUGAUGCUGUAUUAUGCUUCAUUAUUUGUUGGAAGCCGUCCAGAGUCCCUGGGGCAACCCAGUCAGAUGGGUGGGCGGCUGCUGCUGCGACUGCUGCUGUUGUUGGGUGGGCUGCUAUUGUUGUUGUUUAUUUUACACAGCAUAAUAAUAAGAUCAGCACAGUAGUUGUCCCCCCUGACUUGCUCAAAGUGUUGAUGCUGACCUUGAAAGGCCUAAACAGCCUUGGUCCAGUAUAUCUGAAGGAGCGUCUCCACCCCCAUCGUUCUGCCCAGACACUGAGGUCCAGCGCCAAGGGCCUUCUGGUGGUUCCUUCACUGCGAGAAGCCAAGUUACAGGGAACCAGGUAAAGGGCCUUCUCGGUGGUGGCACCCGCCCUACCACCAGAUGUCAAAGAGAACAACUACCAGACUUUUAGAAGACAUCUGAAGGCAGCCCUGUUUAGGGAAGCUUCUAAUGUUUGAUGCAUUACUGUAUUUAAAUAUUUUGUUGGAAGCUGCCCAGAGUGGCUGGGGAAACUCAGCCAGAUGGGCGGGGUAUAAAUAAAUUAAUAAUAAUAAUAAUUCAAUGCCCAAAGACCUGGGAAUGUUUUUGUCUGGCACCUAGAGACAUGCAAUGAUGGUGCCACCACAGAAAAGGCCCCCUUCUGGACCUCAUGGGGAGGGGGACACACAGAGAAGGGCCUUGGAUGGCAAACGCAGGGUCUGGGUCAGCUCUUGGCAGGGGACUGGUGUGCAAAUCCCUCUGGCAUCAUCCUGGCUCCUGAAUUUCCCAGCAUGCCUUGCUCAGGGCCAGGUCUGGAAGCGAAGUCUCCUCACUCGCCAUGUCCCCCUGUCUCUCUCUCUCUCUCUCUCUCUCUCUCUCUCUCUCUCUCUCCCCCCCCCUUUUCUCUCUGCAGGUUCUUCUACCAGUUCCUGCUGGGCCAUGAGCGCUCAGUGGCCAAAGAGGUCCGGGACGAGUAUGUUGAGACCAUGAGCAAAAUCUACCUCAGCUACUUCAAGUCCUACACCAGCCGCCUCAUGAAAGUGCAGGUGACUCUCCUUUGGAUGACUCGCGCCACCAAAGAGUAGGAAAGGACCCCAAGGUCAUCUAGUCCAACCCCCCUGCCACGUGGGAAUAUUUGUGGGGCUCAAAGCCACGACCCAGAGAUGAAGAGCCUCAUGCUCUGCCGAUGGAACUACCUGCUCUUGUUUUUGCCAUAAAGGAAUUCUAAAUCAUAUUUACAAAACGCUUUGGUAAAGAUUCUGUGACGCGUCUUAAGAGCAGCGGUCGUAAACAGAGAAAAACCAAAUGUCAGAUAAAUAAACUGUGAAAUGUGGGUUGCGCUCGCUGAGCCUUGGGGACAUAGCUUUUCCCUUUUCUUGUGAGGAAUCCUAUUCGGAAUAAGGGAAUUUCCCUUAAAAAAAGGGAAACGUUGACAGCUAUGCUGGGGGAUCCUGUCCAACUCUGCAAUUCCAUGAUUUUAAGUACGGUUGCCCAAGGGCUAGAAUAACAAAGUCCAAGUUAAAAAGUAGGAAUGAAUGUUGCAUUCACAAAAAGAGGUAAUAUCAGUGUUACCUGAUGAUCGAGUCUAGUUCCAGGUUUUCCAGGCUCAUCUGGAAAACGUGCAAUGCCGUAAAGGAAUGCCAGAUCACGUAAAACGUGCUUGGAGGUGCCAGUCCUCAUGGAAAUCUCAAAUUACACAUCAUUUCCUCCGUUGUUUCAGUAUUCCCUAGUGAGUGGCGUAAGGUUUCGAGGUGCUUCCCAGCGAACUGCAAUUAAUAUUUGAGCUGGCAAGAUUACAAGAUUGCUCAAUAUAUCUAUGCUGGUAUCAUCAAAGCUAUUCUGUGUUAAUUUCGGAUGACAGCCGCCUGUCCAUUCAUUCCUUCAAACACCUUCUCUCUCUCUUUCUCCCUGCCCGCAGUACGAAGAAGUGGCCGAGAAGGACGACCUCAUGGGGGUAGAGGACACCGCCAAGAAGGAUAUCCUUUUGCGUGGGGGGGGGGACGACGACACUCGCACUGAAGGGGCAGAAAGGCAGGAUCAGCCCUGCCCCUUUCCCAGCCUGGCCCCUGAUAACGGGGUUGGAAUAGAUGACCUUUGGGAUCCCCCUCCAGUUGGGCUGGCUGCCAAACGGGAGCUGCCUUGAACAUUUCCCUCUUGUGAGGGGCUUGGAUCCUGAGCAGAACUCUCAUUAUCGUCUAUUAAAUUUAUCAGUCACAAUUUUUUGCCAUUGCAGCUCAGAAAAAGCCACAGGUGCGCACAUUAAAACUGGGCAGGGACUGCAUUUGAAACAGCCCACCUGCUCCCAAAGGCCACCAUUGGCAGCCAAAGACCUGGCUAGGAAUGAAAUAAUAACAAUAACAAUAACAAUAAUAAUAAUAAUAAUAAUAGUAAAUUAAUUAUAUGCACCACCCAUCUGACUAGGUUGCCCUAGCCACUCUGGGCAGCUUGAGGAGAUGUAGUGAUGGCACCAGGUGAGCCUCCCAGGGAGAGAUUUCCACUAGUGGGGAGCCACCACCAAGAAGGCCCCGUUCCUGUGCUCCUUUGGGGGGGCCCGCACAAGGUCUGGGUGGGGGUCUGCCUCCCUGGGCACGUUUCUCCCUUGACUCUCCUUGCUGCUGCCACGCUUUUUCUCAAAGCCGUCCCUUCGGAACCGCAACACCAUUUUCACGCUGGGGAACCGGGGCAGCGUCAUUGGGGGGGCCGAGCUGGAGGGCCCCAUCAUCGUCCCCCACUCUGCCCAGAAGAGCGACGUCCGGGUGAGUCCCCCUCUUUUAACCCCCUCCUUUCUGGCUCCCCCUUUGGGACUGGGCCCUAUGAAAAACAUCUAAAUAUUAGGGAUUCUUGGAGCAGCUGUUUGCACCACUUUUGAGCAUAGCUGUCAACGUUUCCCUUUUUUUAAGGGAAAUUCCUUUAUUCCAAAUAGGAUUCCUCGCAAGAAAAGGGAAAAGUUGACAGCUAUGCUUUUGAGGCUUAUCAUCAUCAUUACUAUUAUCAAGUAAAUUAGUAUACUGCCCUUUAUCCAUAGAUCUCAGGGCGGUUCACAACAUAAAUGCUCUGAAGCCCUCCAGUGGGAGGGGGUUCCACAGGUUAUGUCCUUUAAUCGGUCCCGAUUCCGCCAAUUCUAGUGUUAGGCAAGAGGGAUAAAAAGCUUCCUCUCUCCACUCUCCUCCAAGCUGGGCAGGAUUUUACAGACUCCAAUCGUGUCGCCUUCCCCCAACCCUACAAGUCCCUUUUCGUGGGCUUCUUCCCAUUUGGGGACGUUGGUUGAGGACAGGCCAGAUCCGGCAGCCAGCUCCUCCUCCUUAGGGAGCCUCCAGCCCAGAGGCAGUCUACCUGGUUUCCCAGGUUCUUUUGCCCUUGUGAGAUGAGGCCGCUGGCCUGACCUAGCUGUCUUCUUGGAGAAGGAAUAGAUUGGGGUGCCAGUGUCUCCCCCCUCGGGGUGCAGAGAAGCUCUGCCUGCUGCUUUCCUGGUCCUGAUCCUGACCCCCUUCUCUCCCCCCCCCCCAGUACCCCUUUGAGUCCCUCUUCCGCAGCCAGCACUUCGCCCUCCUGGACAACAGCUGCCGCGAGUACCUCUUCCUCUGCGACUUCUUCCUGGUGACGGGGACCCCCGCCCUGGACCUCUUCAACGCCGUCAUGGGGAAGACGCUUACCAUGUUCCUCGUGAGUAGGGGUGCCGGGGGGGGGGAGGCUGCCAGGGAUGGAGGAAGGAAAGGGACACCCCCUUCACGUUCCCUUUUCCCGCCUCCCCGAAGCAUACGCUUCCAAGGAGCGUGACUUUGGAACUCCCUGCCUCUUGAUGCACGGCGGGCGACUUCCCUGCGUGUUUUUCGGUGCUGGCUGAAAACAUUUGGGUUUGUCUGUGCAAAGAGUGGCUGGGGGAACCCAACCAGAUGGGCGGGGUAUAAAUAAUAAUAUUAAAGUAUACGUACACUUUGCAUGGAAUAUAGCAGCAUGUGGAACCCAUUUAUACAACCUAUAGCAGAUUAAAAAUAAAUAUAUAUGGACCUGGAUAAUGAAAAUAAUAAUGUCCAUAUACGGUCGUACCUCGGAAGUUGAACAGAAUCCAUUCCGGAAGUCUGUUAGACUUCCAAAACAUUCGAAAACCAAAGCACAGUUUCCGAUUGGCUGCAGGAAACUCCUGCAGCCAAUCGGAAGUCGCAGAAACCUCGUCAGACAUUCAGGUUCCAAGGAACGUUCGCAAACCAGAACACUCACUUCCGGGGUUGCGGCCAAAACAUUCGAGUUGCAAGGCAUUCAACAAUCAAGAUACGGCCGUAUUAGAUUUGCUUAUUCUUCUAGUAAUGGAGUAUGCCUUUCUUAUUUUGACUUUCUCGUGUUUACUUUAAGGGUUGUUAAAAAAUUGGUGAUAAAAAUAAACAUUCAUGUUUAGACAACCCGGCACAGAUGCUUAGAAACUGGAUGUGAAUUGCAACCAGUUUUGGUUUCUCAACUGUUGUCUAUUAUUUUUUUUUGACCAUAUUACCGUUUAAUCUUUUUUAAAAAAAAAUUCAAAGAACUUUAUUGAAACUUAACACAAUAAUCAAAAUUCCCAAUGAUUCCUUCACAUAAAAUAUAAUAUCUAAAUUACGACAGCUGCAUAAUUAUACACUUAAUUAUAAAACCCACCCCCACCCUCUACUUCCCUCCACAGCAAUUCGACUUCUGUAUAUUUCUUUGUUCCUUUUUCCCCUUGCAUUCUAUAAUAAAUUAUUUUUGUUAAAUUCUGGUUUUUCCUUUUUUCUUUGUUGGUUUUGUUAUCGCUUACAUUUUUUAUUCUAAGCCUGUUAACAUGUCAUUUUUAGAACAAUAUUUUGACAUAUAGUCUUCGAAAUACUUCCACUCCAUUCUUAACUUUUGAUUUGGUUGGUAUGUUAUAACUGAAGUUAAUUAAUCUUAUAAUUGAAGUUAAUUAAUCUUAUAAUUCGGAUGCGGGUGGCGCUGUGGGUUAAACCACAGAACCUAGGGCUUGCCAAUCAGAGGUUGUCUGCUCCUGCCAACCUAGCAGUUCGAAAGCGCAUCAAAGUGCAAGUAGAUAAAUAGGUACCGCUCUGGUGGGAAGGUAAACGGCGUUUCCGUGCGCUGCUCUGGUUCGCCAGAAGCGGCUUAGUCAUGGUGGCCACAUGACCUGGAAGCUGUACACCGGCUCCCUCAGCCAAUAAAGCGAGAUGAGCGCCGCAACCCCAGAGUCGGCCACGACUGGACCUAAUGGUCAGGGGUCCCUUUACCUUUACCUUUAAUCUUAUAAUUGAAGUUAAUUAAUCUUAUAAUUGAAGUUAAUUAAUCUUUUUUUUGUGAACUGCUUUAAAGUGGGGUUUUUUAAAACACACACACACACACAAACAGACCAUCAGGGAGCGUAUAAAUUUGUUGAAACAAAUGACUAAAUUGUGGGUUUGCCCUUUCGGUUUGUCUCUCACUCUCCUCCCAAAAAAACAACAACAACGGCAGAAGCACAUGGACGCUUACGUGAGCGACUGCUACGACAGCAUCGCCGUCUUCCUCAGCAUCCAUAUCGUCCUCCGCUUCAAAGCCAUCAUGGCCAAGCGAAACGUCCCCGCCAUCGACAAGUGAGUGGGGAAGGGGCCCCUUCCUGGGGGGGGCGGGGGGGGUCAUAGCUGUCAACUUUCAGAUUUGAAAAUAAGGGAUCAGCAGCCUCGAAAAUAGAGGGAUCAGCAGCCUCACCUGUCCCGGGAACAGUCUACGGGAUAUCUAACAAUCCAGGGUAGCAGUGGGAAACGGCACUGGAAUAAGGGAAUUUCCUGCAAAAAAAGGGAAGGUUGACAGCUAUGGGGGGGGGGGGCAUCCAGUCCAAUCCAGUUCAGGGAUCUCAGCUCAAAAGAUGCCUGGCAGACGGCUGAGCACCUCUUCUCCAUCCCCUCCUGCUCGACUGCUCCCCCAGCAGAGCAGGAUUCCCACUGGACCCGCCUGACAAGGGAAGUCUUUCUCCCAGCCUUGCUCUCCUGCCAGGUUGAGGGCGAUCUUCCCCCUGGCCAGCUGGACACUUCCGGUCUCCAGCUUUGAGGCCGUCCUAAGGUGCUGGAUCUUGGGAUAUCUCCAUCAAAUAUAAACAUUAAGCGAGGAAUCCUGUCCGCCCGCUCUCCCCUGCUCCCCGCCCGGACAUGCAGGUAUUGGGACACGCUCCUGGAGAUGUUGUGGCCGCGCUUUGAGCACAUCCUGGAGCUGAACAUUCAGAGCAUCCAGAACACCGACCCCCAGAAGCUGGGCUUCCUCGACACCCGGCCCCACUACGUAAGUCUGGGGAGGGCCCCCCCACACCAUUCGAAUCCCUUCCAAGGGAAUCGGGAACAGUUUAGUGAGGGAUAUAGCCCAGGGUUUGGUUUGUUCUUGUGCUUGCUUUUAGUAUGUAUUUUGUGUCUUGUAUAUAUAUCAAUCUCUGGCAGGCAAGCAGCCUGAUCAGCAGUAAUGACUCUCCGUCAGUUUUAUGUAUGUUUAUUUGCAAGAAAAGUGCAUCCAGAGGACGGCUUUCUGCCUGAUCUCUGCUGAUCAUUCUGAAUCAUCGUCCCUCCCCCCACAGGAAGAAUGCCAAAAUCCAGCUUUUCUUCCUCUUCCCUUCUGUUGCUCUCUGAGCUUCUCCCGUCUCCUAGUACAGGGACUGACCGGCUGGUCUGCCUCCUUCCCACUCCCAGAAGACACAGUCUCGGACUCUGGCUUAUCUGCUGGCUGCCUGGCAACACUCUGGCCACCUUCCAACUCUCCCUCUCCUUGAGAGCUAAAAGUGUCUUCCCUGGGAAGGAGGGGGGCCGGGCUGGCCUUUCCAGACUCUGACAGCCAGCUCUCAUCUGCAGAGUCAGUCCCUUGCUCGCUUAGCUCAAUUUCAGAGGCCGACUCUUCUGCUGUGCUCGGGGGGGGGGGGCACGUUCCUGACAUUGUGUUUUUAUGCUGCGAGCUGCCCUGAGAUCUUCAGAUGAAGCGGGUGGUAUACCAAUGUAAUAAUUAUUAAUAACAAUAGCAAUAACAAUAAUGCCAUUUGAGGCUUCCCUCCUGACUCUUCAGAGCCUGGCCAUGGGAAGAGCGAACCUGGAGGAUGCUGGGCGGUUUGGUUUUAUCUUCCUUAAAAGUUCUGAUUUUGUUUGUCGACAGCAUUUUGGCUAGCUCAAAAGAGGCUCCCGCAGUGUGGCUUCCCUACGCCUUAGGGGUGGUGAAGGCAGCCCCUGCACACACACAGAACGCAGGCUCACAUCUCCAGUACACGACACAAAAGGAAAAAGGGCUGCGGGGGGAUGAAGGGGAAAGCAAGCUCAGACGCCAACUUGCAGCCCCCUCAAAGUUGCUGGGCCUUGCCAUUGCCCCUUCCCCAUGAGCUUACCUGCAAACCGCCCCCCCCCCCAAUAUUUUAUUCAAGUUGCCAUCCCUGGUCCUCUCUCUCUCCCUUUCAUGCAACUGGAAAAGGCAUCCAUCUCUGGGUGGGAGUUGAGGGAAGAGCCUUACAGAACCGCUCCGGGGUGCACAUUCCCUGCCCCCCCCAGCAUGCUCAGCUCCUAACCCUCUCCCUCCACCCCCAGAUCACCCGGCGGUACGCAGAGUUCUCCUCGGCCAUUGUCAGCAUCAAUCAGACAUUCCCUCACGACCGGACGCUGACUCUGCUGGGGCAGUUGCAGGUAAGGUGGGGGCUAAUUUAGUCAUUUUUACUUGUAUUUAGAGCAUUUGCACCCCACUCUCCCAGAAAGGGACUUGGGUUCAAUCAAAACGAGACACGUAGGCUCUCAGUCUUAAAAAGAAAAGAAAAACAGCAACAGCAUGCAAGGGAAAAGGUACAGGGAGGGAAGAGGAAAAACUAAAACUCAGGCAGUAGCAUGUAAACAGGUGUCCCUGUUGGCGUACGCUGGCUUAUGGCUCCCUGGAAAAUGGGGGGCUUUCAAUGGGCCAGGCCCCUGCCCCUGCCCCACCCUGUGGUGCUGUUGCUUCUUCUUUGGAGGGGGAACCAUUUGAAGCACCCACCCCCUUUCUUUCUCUCUCUCUCUCUCUCUCUCUCUCUCUCUCUCUCUUUCUUCCAGACAGAGGUGGAGAAUUUCGUUCUGCGGGUGGCGGCCGAGUUUUCCUCGCGCAAAGAGCAGCUCAUCUUUCUCAUCAACAACUACGACAUGAUGCUGGGCGUCCUCAUGGUAAGUAGUGGGUCCCGGGGAGCUGGGCUCCUGAGUCCCCUGCACUUGGGGGGCCAGAGGCCGAGAUCUUCCAGCCCUGGGGGGUCUCCGGUUGACGGGCAGACGGGCAGCCAUGGUUUCAUUUCCUGAUCCCGGUGGUUGGACGAUGAGAAGCCUUGGUUCCUUUUUUCCUCCUCUCCUGAAUUAGGCUGUUGAAACCAAGAGAGCUUGAGAACAUGGAGCCAUAGACUCCCAGGGCUGGAAAGGGACCCCCCCCCCCGUAGCCAUCUAGCCUGUGAUUUAUUAAAUUUACGUACCGCCCUUUAUCCAGGGACCGCAGUGCGGUUUGCAGCAUAGGACACAAAAUACGUAGGCUGUGUAUACAUAUGAACCGCCCUGACGUCCUUUUUUAUAAUUGACCUCACCUCCAAAGGGGGAUUGUUGGGUUGAUAGUUAUAAUUAUAAUUUAUUUAUGCCCCGCCUUUUCCCCCUGAUACGGAUUCAAGGUGGCUUACAGAUAAAUCAUGCAUUUUGUGUUUUUUACAUGGUGAUUUUAUGUUGUGAGAUCUAUGGGCAUUGGGCAUUAUACAGACAAACUAAACAAAGGUGCUCUCCUCCAUUGUCUCCCAAGACAGACAGAUGCCAACCAGUGUCAUUGAAUAUAUAUAUAGUGGGCGCUUGGGUUGCGAACGUGAUCCAUGCGGGAUGCACAUUUGCAAGCUUCAGAGUUCGCAACCCGCGUCUGUGCACACGCAGGUUGCAAUUUGGCACUUCUGUGCAUGUGCAAAGCGCAAUUUAGCACUUCUGUGCAUUCGCGACUGCCGAAACCCGGAAGUAACCUGUUCCGGUACUUCCGGGUUUGGUGUGGUGCGCAACACAAAAACGUGCAACCCGAAGCUUCUGUAACCCGAGGUAUGACUGUGUGUGUGUGUGUGUGUGUGUGUGUGUGUGUGUAAUAAAUUUGUAUACAAAUUUGAUUAACGUUAGCGUGGCAAAGGUGAAAGAGGUCCACCAUUCUGUUCCUCAGCCACCAGUUUGCUCCCUUGGCAGACCCAAAGGGGGGGGGAGGGGAAAGCAGGAGCAGGUCAUGUGGGGGAGAGGUCUGCCCCCUCCCUGCCCUGGCGGGGACAGGACCCACGAAGGGAGGGGGCAGGGGUAGCAAGGCCCCUUUCCCCCUGCCCCACUCUGUGACGCCCCUCUUCCCACCUUCCCAGGAGCGAGCGGUGGAGGAGAGCAAGGAGGUGGAGGGAUUCCAGCAGCUCCUGAAUGCUCGGACGCAGGUAAGCAAACGGAGUGCGCGGAGGGAGCUGCGCCCAAGGAGGGCGCAGUUGCACCCAUACCUGUGCCCCCUCUCCUGGGUGCUGUGGGUGGGAGACGAGUUUGAGGCAGGCUCCAGGAAGGCCCUGUGGAGCCAGGCCGCACUUUCCCCUCCCCGUCCUUUGGAGGGUUUGGCCCUCCUUCCAACAUGAGGGCUAGGAACUUGAAGCCGAUACAACACGCCACUGAUAAUUUAUCAGCUGCCCUUGCGGGGAGGGGUAGUCCCUGGGGGGGGAACAUGUCCUGCUCCUUUGGGGGUAAAGGUAAAGGGACCCCUGACCAUUAGGUCCAGUCGUGACCGACUCUGGGGUUGCGGCGCUCAUCUCGCUUUACUGGCCGAGGGAGCAGGCAUACACCUUCCAGGUCAUGUGGCCAGCAUGACUGAGCCGCUUCUGGCGAACCAGAGCAGCACACAGAAACGCCGUUUACCUUUCCGCCGGAGCGGUACCUAUUGAUCUACUUGCACUUUGAGGUGCUUUCAAACUGCUAGGUUGGCAGGAGCUGGGACCGAGCAACGGGAGCUCACCCCUUCGCGGGGAUUCGAACUGCCGACCUUCUGAUUGGCAAGUGCCAGGCUUUGUGGUUUAACCCACAGCGCCACCCAUGUCUCUCCUUUGGGGGUACCUUGGCCCUAUCCUGCACUCAGUUCUCACCUGUGGCUCUCACUUGCCGGCAUGCAACAGCAGCCACAACCUAGGGAACGGUUCGCGGACUCCAGAUCCCAUCACCCCCUGGGUUGCACACCCUCAUUUUCUGGGGCUUCUGGGAGAUGGAGUCUAGCGAGUGGAGGGCGGCUCCUCUGAGGGGUCUCUUCCAUCCUUCCUUCUCCCUCUCUCCCCCACCCCUUUCUCCUUUCCAGGAGUUCAUCGAGGAGCUCCUGGCGCCCGGUUUUGGGGGGAUGAUUGCCUUUGUGAAGGAGGCGGAGGCGCUGGCAGAACGAGGCCAGAUGGAGAGGCUGCGCGGGGAGGAAGGUGAGGGGCCUGGCAGGCGGGGAGAGGCAAGGAGGCAGGAAACCGAGAGUUGGGACCCCAAGGGUCAUCCAGCCCAACCCCCUGCAGUGCAGGGAAUAUUUUGCCCAAUGUGGGACUUGUACCCAUGGCCAGGAUGGAUAAAAAAAACAAUUUAAAAAUAAAUUAAAAAUCAGAUUUUUUUUUAAUUUAAAACAUUUUUUAAAUUAUUAUUUAAAUUGGAUUUUUGAAAUAAAAUGCUUUCAGAGCACAAUUUAUUUCUAAAUAUAGUUUUCUGUUUAAGUUACAUUAUAGUCCAAAGGCUAUUCAUCAGGAAACAAGGAUUUGUUUUAAGUUUUUCAUGUGUGCUAAAACUCAAUCUAAGGUGUGUGUUUUUUUAAAAAAAAAGUUUAACCACAUCAGUUAAUAAACUAUAAUGCUAUAAUGUUAUUGUUUUAGCUAAAUAAAUUUUUAUUAAGGAAAUGAUUAGUUUUCUCCUUCCAACAAAGUACAACAGAAAAAUUGUCCGUAUAUAAACAGUUAACUUACUAAACCUCACAAUGAUGUAAUUAUUAUCGGUCUGUGUAUAACCAAAUCAGUAAUUUUUGAUAUGACUGUAAAAACGACUUUUUAUUUAUUAUUCCAAAAAGGAAACCUUCGUCUGGUUGCAAAUAUUAAGAUUAUACCAGCAAGAAUAAGUCUUUCUGUAAAAAAGAAAAGAAAAAAGAUUUAAAUCAAGUCUAGUGAUUUAAAUCGUGAUUUGAAUCGAUUUGAUUUAGAACAUGGGUAGGCAAACUAAGACCCGGGGGCCGGAUCCGGCCCAGUCACCUUCUAAAUCUGGCCCACAGACAUUCCAGGAAUCAGCAUGUUUUUACAUGAGUAGAAUGUGUGCUUUUAUUUAAAAUGCAUCUCUGGGUUAUUUGUGGGGCAUAGGAAUUGGUUCAUUCCUCCCCCCCCCAAAAAAAAGUCCGGCCCCCCACAAGGUCUGAGGGACAGUGGACCGGCCCCCUGCUGAAAAAGUUUGCUGACCCCUGAUUUAGAUCAAAUCCACCCUGCCCACGGCCCUGAGGCUAAGAGUCUCAUUUGCUACUGACGAUUUACGGAGUCAUAGGGACGGAAGUGGGUCCCCCGAAGGUCAUCCAGCCCAACCCCGCCUCCCCCGUGCAAUGCAGGAGUUGGCGUCCGCCUGACCUCUGCUUAAAAAACCUCCCGGAGGAGGAAAGUCCCUCCUCAAUGCCCCCCACCCAAAUCUGCCCCCUUCCCCUCUCAGCCCGGGUGACGCAGCUGGUGCGCGGCUUCGCGGGGACCUGGAAGGCGGCGGUGGAGGCUCUCAGCCAAGACGUGAUGCGCUCCUUCACCAACUUCAAGAACGGCACCACCAUCAUCCAGGUGGGCCCCGUGGGCAGGGAAGGGUUAAUGGGUGCCGUGGGGGGGGGCAGCCCCUUGGCUUGUGGAAGCCCCCCCCCCGGAGCAAUUUCAGGAAGAGCCCGGUGUGACUUGACAUUUCCAUCCCCCAAAAAGCUUUUGAUUUGAGUUUCCGUUGAAAUGAGGCUGUGUUUUAAUGUUGUAUUUUAAUCUUGUUUUUAAGUUUCAAUCCCUUUGUUUUUAUAUCGGGUGUUAGCCGCCCUGAGCCCGGUCUACGCUGGGGAGGGUGGGGUAUAAUUAAAAUUUAUUAUUAUUAUCGUGUGUAUUAUUGCAGCAUCCAGGUUUUCCCCUAAAUCCGCCCCCCCCAAGGGAACAGGGCAGGUUUUGGCUGAGGUCCCCCUGUUGCAGAUCCCAGAAAUCAUCUUUAAAAUCCCCCAAGCUCACUCCCCACCCAAUUUCAAAUGGUUCUCGCACCCCCCAAAAAAAACCCCAGCUGCUUCCUGCUUAUAGAAUCCCAAGGGACCCCCAAAGGUCAUCCAGCCCAACCCCCCAUCGCAGCGCUUAGCACAGGGUGUUUAUUUCUUGCUGGUGGGGGUCUCUCUGCUGUGCCCUUGUGUGUUCUCUGGGGGUGGGGUGCCUGUGACCUUCUCCCCACCCCGUGUCUCUAAUCUCACCCCCCUGACCCCCCUCUCUCUCCCCACAGGGGGCCCUGACGCAGCUGAUCCAGUAUUACCACCGCUUCCACAAGGUCAUGGCGCUGCCCCCCCUCAAAGCCCUCCCCGUCCGCUCCGAGCUCAUCAACAUCCACCACCUGAUGGUCGAAGUCAAGAAACACAAGCCCAAUUUCUGAGCUGGGGGUGGGGUUUGUGCAUGGCGGGUUGUGGGUUUUUUUGGGGGGAGGCCAUAUCACUGCUUUCCCCCCCCUCCGUGAUCUCCAUGGGGUGGGGGGAAGCCCUGUUUUGGGACCACGUAUCCCGUUUGUCCCUUUGUCUUGCUUUGUACAGUGGAAAUAAAUUCUCUAGCAACUCAC